GUGUGUGGAGGGCAGAGGAGAGCGCGAGUGCUUCAGCGGCUGCCUGCCUGCCUGCCUGCCUCUCCCGCACUGCCACCGCUACUGUCGCUGCCACCGCUACUGUCGCUAACGUCGCUACUAUCGCUAACGUCGCUACUGUCGCUAACAAAGCUACUGUCGCUAACGCCGCGCUGCUGCUCGUCUGCAGGUCCCCCGCGCCGUGAGGGAGAGAAUGAGGGGGCUCCUCUGACCCGCCAGCCAGCCCGCCAUCGGCACUCGCCUGGGACCCAGCUGCCAGGGAGCCUCCUGGGGAUUUUUUUUUGGCCGCGCGCCCCCUGGCUGACCCUCCCCCCUCCCCCCCCCCGCCGCCGUGGUCCCUCUGAAAUCCCUGGCCGGUAUAUGGAUAGGAGCUCUUUGUUUCAGCUCAUACAGGAGCAGCUGGACCCAGAGAACACCGGUUUCAUUCCAGUGGAGAACUUCGCCAGCCUGGUGGAGCACCAUGAGCUGCGGCUGGACCCCUCCAAGCUGGAGAUGCUGUUCGCGCUGGUCCACAGCAACGAGGAGGGGCAGGUGUGCUACCGCGAGCUCAUCGAGCUGAUGAGCAGUAAGCGCUCCAGCAGUUUUCGGCGGGCCAUAGCCAGUGGGCGGCGUUCGCUGCACAGGGACAUUCUGCUGGACGAAGCCGGCCUGGGCGUGUACAAGCGCUUCGUGCGCUACGUGGCCUAUGAGAUCUUACCCUGCGAGUCCCACCGCCGCUGGUACUUCCACCAGAACCACCUGUGCCCGCCGCCCGUCUUCAUGGCCGUGAUUACUGUCAUUCAGAUCAUCGUGUUCCUCUGCUAUGGCGUCAUGCUGAACAAGUGGGUGCUGCAGACCUACCAGCCGGAGUUCAUGAAGAGCCCCCUUGUGUAUCACCCUGGCCAUCGCGCCCAGGUGUGGCGCUUCUUCAGCUACAUGUUCAUGCAUGUCGGGCUGGAGCAGCUGGGCUUCAAUGCGCUGCUGCAGCUGAUGAUCGGGGUCCCCCUGGAGAUGGUGCACGGGAUCCUGCGCAUCAGCCUGCUCUACAUGGCCGGGGUGGUGGCAGGGUCACUGACGGUGUCCAUCACAGACAUGAGGGCUCCUGUGGUAGGAGGAUCCGGGGGGGUCUACGCUCUGUGCUCAGCACAUCUGGCAAAUGUUGUCAUGAACUGGGCGGGGAUGCGAUGUCCAUACAAGCUGCUUCGAAUGAUCCUGGCCCUGGUGUGCAUGAGCUCAGAGGUUGGCCGGGCUGUGUGGCUGCGGUUCUCCCCGCCCCUGCCCUCCUCGGGGCCCCAGCCCAGCUUCAUGGCCCACCUGUCGGGGGCGGUGGUGGGCAUCAGCAUGGGCCUGCUCAUCCUGCGCAACUACGAGGAGAACCUGCAGGGCCAGUGCUCCUGGUGGGUCAUCAUCUUCGCCUUCGUCACCUUCCUCCUCUUCGCCAUCUUCUGGAACAUCUUCGCCUAUGAGCUGCUGGGCGUGCAGAUCCCGCCCGCUCCCUGAGAAAGGGGCCGGCCCCGCCCCCUUCCUUUACCCAUAAUUCCAUCUUCAGAUUAACCCUUUCACUCCGGAAAACAGUCCUCUCACUCAAGGAUCCAAUCUUCAGGAUACAACCGCUCUGCAUCUAAAGAGGUUCUACUCACGUGUGUUUUCAUACUCCACAUGAAGGGAUUUGGCCCCAAAUCAGUCAUCACAUGACCCUUCGGUAUCCAAGGCGACCAAGAGAUUUUGGAGGGCAAAACAAUCUGCAUAAUGUUAGCCUGAUGAGAGGAAUAGAUAUGUAUGCAGGAAUUACAUUAAGCAUGUGAACGGGAAAGGGAACACAGUGUAGAUUAGAUGUGUGGUACAGCUAUGACGGUGAGUUUCACUAAUCUGUGCCCUGUACCAUCUGCCCUCCAAUAUCCCACAAUGCAUUAGCAGACUAUGAACCGCUGAAGUUUGCAUAUGCCACUCUGACAUUGCUCCUGUUAAAAAAAAAAGACUCAAAGUUCAAGCAAGGCAACCCUGACUGCCCUGUCUCUGGACUGUCUUGAACCCUCAGUCAUCUGGUUCUAAGAGAUGCUGAUUCCUGUAACGGAAUGUACUUGAAAUGGUGCAUCUUUUUUUAUGUUGUGCUUAUUCAUUUGUGAGCAGAUGUACCACGUGUCCUUUAUUUAUCCGUGGUUAUUUAUUUGUUGUUUCGUGGCAGGAAAAUGCUAGAAAUUGUGAAUUAUUAAUUUAUUUUGAAGUUAUUCAUUUUGCGUCUGAUCUUCUGAAAAUGUGAAAUGAAACGAAAUCCAUUGUAUAUAGAAAGAAAAUGAGACAAAAGCUUGCAUGGCCAACUGACUGUCCUUUUGAUCUUUUUUAAACACUUUUCUUUGUUAGAGACUGAAUAGUAAAAUCAUCAUGGUCAGAUCUAAGAACUAUUGUGCGCUCAAGAGAAAAAUGGAAAAAAGUGGCAGUAAAAAAAAAAAGAGAGAGAAUAGCUUAACGGGGAAAUGAAAUGCCAAAGUCGAAAUGAAGUCUAAACGGGGAAUAG